AUGAGCUCCGCCGACGUAAAUGCCUUGCCAGCGCCGAGAUUCCCGCCGAGUAGGCGUGUUUUGUGGGACCGCACACCGGAUCCAAAUGCAGAGCCUGCACGGGUGCCGUGCCUGGCUUUUGCGCCCCGCUUGUGCCUCAGCCGGUCGGUGGCGCAGGAGCUGUGCAGACAGGCCAGGGAAGCGCAGCGUCGCCCCAAGGCGCUGCGUUUGGUCCUCCGCAGUGGCACGGCGGCGGACGGCUACGAGCCGCUGUUGUUGGCUGAACGCAUCGACGAGCGGGGCCUGGGGCCAGAAGAGGUGUCCUUGGAUUUGGCCGUGCUGCCGGAUACGAGGGCAUCUCUCAGCCUCGGGACAUCGACCAGCAGCACCGCAGGAGCCGAGCCUGCGUCAUCCAGGUGCCGCCUGGCGCCUGCGGCGGCGCAGAAGCUGCUGGCGGGGCUUGAGGCUGCAGGAGGCCCUGAGACGGAGGGCGCCUUGCACCAGCUUUGGCGUUGGGAGCUGGGCUCAGAGUACCUGGCAGCCGCUUUGCGGCAUUUGGCUGUAGUUGUGUUGGUUCCCCCCCCAACUGUGGAAGAUCUGGAGCUGGGCAAGCAGAAGGCUCGCUUUGUGGGGACGGCCCUGCACACGGCGCUGGUGGUGAACGUGCUUAGCGCGGAGGGCGACCACGUGCUCUUCUCGCUGCCGGCCAAUUGCCUGAGCCAGGCACUGCAGAUGCCCCCGGCCUGCCGUAAGGGCACCUGUGCCAUGGCGGACGCACUCUCGGCAUCUUGCCGCCAGACCUGGCAGGCGACAGCGUCGCUCCUGCACGGCGAGCUGAUAGCUGCCUUGGUCUUCUUGGUCAUCGAGUUGGUGUCCAUGCUGUCGGCGGUGCAUACGUUUCAGGCUGAGGGCCUGAACUUCCUGGGCGCCGUCCUGCACGGGGGAGGUGCGCUGGUGCUGCUUCUCUUUCUUCUGAUGCAGACGUCCUGCGCCUACUUUCACAUCAUCUUUGUGAUGACAAAUGUGCUGCCAUUUCUUGGCGAGCUCAAGAUUUGGACCGACGUGCUGCGCGGGGCGCGCCCAAAGCGCUUCCCGGCGCCGGAGAUGGAUUGUCUAGAGGCCCUCGCCUGGUUCUUCUUUGGCAAAGCUGCGAGGUUGGUUUCGCUUGGCCUGCGGCUCACGAGGCCCUUGCGGACCUCGGACACUCCGCUCCUGCAGGCGCUUCUCGCACCCGCUUCCAAGUCAUUGGGCUUCGGCUUUCUGACCUUGGACCAGGGCCGCUGUGUGGUAUGCCUGCUAGCGGACGAGCGGCUAGCCUUCGAGGUUCCGUUGGUCGGAAUUUGGGUGGACCUCCGUGAUGAGGAAGUGGCCCGCUUACCAAGCCUUGCGGCACAUGCAGCGGUUUGGCGGGCGGCGCUUCGCUUUGUGCAUCAGAGGAACAUCAAAGAGCGGGUUUGGGUGGAACCCGCGACCUUCCUCGUCAUGGCGGUGGUCCGGCAAAGGUCCCGGCCACCAGAAGCGGGGCUCAGGUUUGCCGAGCUGCGGUACGAGGAGGAGGCCUCUGAGGGCCUGUACCUGGCAGCGCUGGAUUUUGACGAGGCAUCCAUUGCAAAGGGCGACGACUGGACGCAGAUGAAGACGUACACGGCCGAGUAUGGUGACCUAGCCCGCGUCGCAGGGCAGGCGGCGCAAGAGAAGGCCAAGGUGCAGCCAUCAUUCUCCCCAGUCUUGGCUGCAGAGCUCACCGGCCAGGCCCGCGAUCUCGAGCCCAUGGAGCGCAUGAGUUUCACGAUGGACAGCACGGCUCAGGGCUUCAGGCUCUGGCACGUGCGUUCGCUCCGGCGAGACAAAGACAUCGUGACAUCUUCUUAG